GGGCAUGUUCUGCACGUAACGAUUUCCGAAAAUGCGAUGACCACACAAACAUUGGCAUUCUCGGCGCGUGAUUAACUCCUCGUCUUUCAUUGGAUGCGAUUAUCUCUUGGUACGGUCUUAAUGCAGCUAGAGGAUCAUCGGGUCUCUGAGAUAAAGCCCACGCGACUUCCUUUUCUCAUGAUCAUCUUGCGCUCUUUUAAUCAUUUUCUCAAUCUUUCAGUUAUUCAGGCAAAAAUCGACAUCAUGUCUUCUGCGAAAAAGAGUCAGGAUGGGUUGGAGGAGCAGAAUGGACCUCACUAUGGUACUAUCGAUGUCAAGGUUGGCAGUCAACAGGAUCUUCUUGACCUUCAGGAUCUGGACCCUGCUUUCAAUCAGAAAAUGCGACUCGUCAACGACGCCAUUGACGAAAUUGGUUGGACGCCGUAUCACCUGAAGUUAUUCUUCUUAAACGGCUUUGGUUACGCUGUUGAUUCAAUGAUCACACUCUUUCAGUCCAUCAUCGCGACACAAGCCUUCCGAGAGUUCGGAGAAAAGGGCUACGCCAACGGCAUGACCAUCGCAGCCUACGUCGGCAUGUUGACUGGCGCUCUCUUCUGGGGAUUUGGCGCCGACAUUAUCGGGAGAAAGUACGCCUUCAACAUUACGCUUUUUCUCUGUUCGAUCAGCUGCAUCAUCGCUGGCGGAAUGCCCAACUGGGCAUCUCUGGGACUUUUCGUUGCGCUGCUCAGUUUUGGCGCUGGCGGCAACCUCGUCAUGGACACAGCUGUUUUUCUCGAGUAUCUCCCGAGUAACAAGCAAUGGCUUCUAACUCUGAUGGCCUGUUGGUGGGGUUUCGGUCAAGCCAUUGCGGGUUUCAUCGCUUGGGGAUUCAUGGUCCCCGAUCGUUGGAACUGCGUUGAUGUUGAGACUUGUACACAAAGUAACAACAUGGGUUGGCGAUACGUCAUGUUCACGGGUGGCGCCCUCGUAUUCUUUCUAUCGCUUCUUCGAGUCACUGUCAUCAGACUUCGCGAAACACCCAAGUACCUGCUCGGUGUUGGAAAAGAGGAAGAAGUGAUUGAGACAUUCCAGUACCUGGCGACCAAGUACAAUCGCACUUGCUCUCUCACUUUGCAGGAUCUGGCUGCGUGUGGUACUAUCACUUCGGCACAUAGCAAGAACCGAUUCUCGAUAAGCGAGACGAUGAUCCAUAUUCGAGGUCUGUUCAGCACCAAGAAGAUGACCAUCUCAACCGCCAGCAUCUUUCUGUCCUGGACACUGAUCGGUCUUGCGUACCCUCUUUUCUAUGUCUUCCUUCCGUCGUAUCUUGCCAGCAGAGGCGCUGUCUUCAAUCGCUCAAAGUUCGAAAUCUGGCGUAACUAUGCUCUGACAAACAUCAGCGGUAUCCCAGGCCCCGUCGUUGCGGGUUUUAUGUGCAACACCAAGCUUGGCCGCAAGUAUACAAUGGUCAUCGGUGCUUUGAUCAGCAUGGCCUUCUUCUUUGCCUAUACUUCUGUGAAGACAUCUGUGCAGGACAUCACGUUCACUUGUCUGAUCGCCUUCUGCAUCAACAUCUACUACGGCACUCUUUAUGCCUACACUCCUGAGGUUCUGCCAAGUGCUCAUCGUGCUACUGGAAGUGCUAUUGCUGUCGCAUGCAAUCGCGUGAUGGGAAUCGUAUCAGCCGUUGUCGCGAGUGAAGCUAACACCGACACGCCUGCCCCUCUAUAUGUCUGUGCUGCAUUGUUCCUUGCAAUGGCAGCCGUCUCGGCAUCAUUCCCAUUUGAACCAUAUGGACACCGAAGCUCAUGAAGGAUUGACUCGUUCAAGUUGCAAGCUCUGAAUGAUUUGACGAUGGACGGAGAAGUCUUCUUCAAGCUUCACCACGAUACAACAGGAACUGGAUGCUAUGCAGAACAAGCCCUGAACUGCAGGCCAGAGAAUGCUAUAACCGUACAGUAGAGGUCACUGCACCCUCGUAAGCUGACCAACAGAAAAUAUUCUUAAGAAACAGUGUUUAGCAAUGAAUUGUUUUGAGCAAAAACCUUAUGUUCCUCGUAACUCCAUUAAACCCAACGAGCAGCAGUUGAGAAAUUGGCAGCGUCUGGCCUUAGCGACGAGAGUAAAUGCUUUAAGUUCUUUAUAGAAGCAAAACAGUAUUAUUUGUAACCAAUUGCCG